AUGUACGAAAAUUCCUGCUCAUAUCAAACGGCCUUAGACCUGAAGCGAGUGUCGCCGCCGACACUGGCUCAAGUCAAGACCGAAGAUUGUAUAACACUGGGUCAGUGUUCACCCGAUUGGACAUCAUAUCGUUUUCAUCAGUCCACCUUCGAACAGCUGAAACAAAGUGUGGAAAAAGCCAAGGCGGCACUACAGGAUCGUAGUACAUUUUUUGGGGCUUCCAGUGCUUUUAGUGACAUUUAUUCCAGUCAACGCCUCAGCGAUACUCUGGACACAUUACCCUCUGUACAGAAUAGCAACACCGCGGCAAAUUGCAUAGGCCUACCGGUCCAUAAUUCGGGAUCGGCCAGCAUUAGCCAUAGUACACCGAGCUUAGUUUUAAAUGGAAAUUGCAUUUCCACUGUUUCGGCAGCAACAACGGGUCAACGUUAUCGUCUAGAUACCCUACAACCGGCCGGUUGUUCACCGCAUCAUCCGCAGCAUGGUGUCAUCACCUCGAGUACGACACCAUCAUCGUUGACCACAACAUCGCUAUUGGACACAUCACAUGUGGAGAGCAAAGCACGAGAUAAAUCCUCAUCGGUGGUGUGUUCAUCAUCCUCGGCAUCAUCGUCAAAUUCCCAUCACAACAAUAACAACAACAAUGCUCGUGUGGUAGAAAUGUCCUUUAGAGCUUUUAUUUAUGGCAUAUCACAGACACUCACCAAGAGCUUAUCGUUAUGUGAUAACAACAACAACGACGUCGAUGAUGAUGAUAACAAUAAUGACGAUGUUGAUAUAAAUCAUUUGGGAGAUAGAUCGAAAUUAGGCGAGGAAUCUGGGAACUAA